AGUCGAGCUUCGAACUUCUCAACGGAAACCCAAAAAUCAGAAAUCCCCAAAUCGAAGAAGAAGAAGGUAAACACUUUGAUCUUCAAGAGGAAGAUAGAUUCUUCGUUUUGUAUCUUUCGUAAUGCGAUGUGCGAUGACCUUGAUUCUCACUUCAAUUUCUCGUUUCUUGAAGCGAUCGGCGAGUGAUGGCGGUGGACGGUGACGAAACUAAUGGGGGUGGAGAUUCUCAACCAUCGGUGAACACUACGGCGGAGAAAAAGAAAGAGACGCCUAUCCUGAGGCUGAGUCUGGUUCCUAAUAACGAGUACGUUUCUGAUAGCUACGACGAUCCGAAUCUGGUGUAUAGUUCUUGCGUAUUAAGAUCGUUAGAGAAGUACUUGCCGCCGGAAAUUUUCUCGGCGAACAGAAACGAGAAGGCCAAAUUCAUGUCAGACAUUUUGCGCAAAUACUUUUCCAAAGCUAAACGGCUCAAGAACCGUAGGCAGGAGUUUAUAUCCAAAUAUCAGCCAUCUUUCAGGGGGUGGUAUGAUAUUGAUCCCAAAUUGUUUUUGCUUCCUUCUUUCCUGGAGGCGAUCAGCGAUAACACAGAGGCAAGCUUCAGACGCAUCAUUUCUGAACCGCACCCCAGUGUUUUUGUCUUUCAAAUGUUUCAGCCUGACUUCUAUGAGACAGUGAUAGUAGAGGUAGAAAAUAUCAGAAAGUGGGCUGAGGAGACAAAUUUCCCGAUCAGGAGACCCAACAACAUGAGUAAACACGGUGUUGUGUUGGACCACUUUGGCCUGGAUAUCUUCCUUAAAAAACUCAUCCAGGAGUUUAUAUUUCCUCUUUGCAAAGUAUUCUUCCCUGAAGUAUGUGGAACAAUGUUUGACUCUCACCAUGGAUUUUUUAUUGAAACUGGCGAAGAUAGGGAUCCUGCAUUAGGCUUACAUAUGGAUCUUUCAGAAAUUACAUUGAAUGUUUGCUUGAAAAAACAAUUUGAGGGAGGGGAAAUAAUCUUUGGAGGCACACGAUGCAAAAAACAUAAGAAGACAAAGUUCAAGGAUGAGGCAAUUUUUCGUUACUCUCAUAUACCGGGUCAAGCUAUUCUUCACCGUGGCCGCCACUGCCAUGGUGCCAAUACCACAAGAACAACUUGUUAUCGGGCCAAUAUGAUUCUUUGUUGCAAUAGCUCUUUGUUUAGAGAGAUGGAAACUUAUCAGAAGGACUUCUCAGACUGGUGCGGUCAAUGUGCCCAUGAAACGAAAGUAAAGGAAAGCCAGAUUAUUGCAGCCAGAAGAGAGGGGAUGAUUAGAAUAGAGGAUGGAGCCAGAGGAUCGACUGAUAAGCCGUGGCAUGUCUAUGUUAGACGUUCAAAGAAAUGAAGAAGCAGUGUGUGAAGAUAAAAGAAAUGAAGGUGCAUAAAGAAGAGUGGAAUGGUGAGUAAAAGAGUAGAACAGAGAAGCUGAGUUGGCAAACAAGAGUAGAUACAUAGAUACAAUACAAGUGAACGUAUAGAUGAUUGUUGGUUAUAUAAGGAGUCUGUACAGAGUUGAUUCGAUUGAGAUAGAGAACUCACAGUUAGGAAGUUGUACUCUUUGGUCUACAGGUUUCCUGCUCAGACCUUAAACCCUUAUUGGCAGAUCUGACUCUGUACUUGACAAACUGAAUAUAUGAUAAGGGGGCGGAAGCAAACGAGAA